AAACCUCAGUUUCAGUGAGAGAGAGAGACGAAAAACCAGAAGAGAGAGAAACAAUACAGUGAAGAGAGAGAAAGGAGCAUGGCAGUUGCAGCAUCAACCCUCUCCCUAACGGCGCCGGUAACUUCCGUCACCCCCAAGACUCCGUUCAUCAAGCCCCUGAAUCCGAUAGCCCUGAUCCCACUCCGGGCCCAGGCCACCAAGAGAUCCCAUGGUGGAGCGCUCAUCGCCAGGGCGUCACUCAAGGAGAAGGCGGUGGCGGGCCUAACGGCCGCUGCCUUAACAGCCAUUAUGGUGAUUCCUGACGUUGCCGAGGCUGCUCAGCCCGGCAUCUCUCCCUCUCUAAAGAACUUUUUGCUCAGCAUUGUGGCAGGGGGCGUUGUGCUGGCCGUUUUACUGGGGGCCGUUAUUGGAGUGGCUAACUUCGACCCCGUUAAACGGACUUAAGGAGAGAGCGAAAGCCACAUUCUUUGUUCCUUUUUUUCUGUAUCGCCUCUCUCUUACCGUUAUGUAAUAUGGCGUUAUUUUAGGUCGUGUUGUAUUUAGAUUAAUCUUGAGAACUUGUUUUCUGAAUUUCAAGUUUCAGUUUUACGAAUCUCUCUCUACAAGAAAUUAAGAGAGAGAUGCGUUUCUCUCUCUAGAAAGGAUACGCAAUAUGAAUUUAUAAAGUUUUAUCCAAUCUCAAUUGGAUUAGAAUAAA